AUGAAAAUAUUGAAUAUCAAUAAAUUAUAAAAUGAAUAAAAAAAUAUAACACAAAAACAUUUAUAGGAGUUUGCACAAGAGGCUUCAAUAACAUUUACAGGUUUAAUUAAACAAACAUAUGAAGACAGAAAAGGUUUGAAAUAAAUUAUAAUACAAUUUGACCCGAUUGUUAAGUAAAUUUAUUAUCAGUAUCAAAGCAAAAUAUAUGCCGAAGUCUUAGGAUUCUAAAUGUAGUAAAUUAAAGAUAGCUUGGAUAAUCCUAAAGUAAAUGUAAGAGAAUAGGUUGUAACAUUGAUGAUUUACAUCGAAGAAGUAUUAUAAGAGAUAGAAAAACACUAUUAAAUACCCUACAAUAAAUAGUACUUUGUGGAUGCAUGUAAUAAACUGUAAUUAAUUCCUUAGUUUAUGAAAUAACAAUCCCUGAAGUUGUUCAAGAUGAUGCAGGAGUUAAUAAUAAUGACAGUUGGUGUCAAAAAUGCACCAUUUCAUGA